AUGGACGACAAAUUGGGCAAGGCCCGCAAAGCUCGCUGGCGAUCGUGUGCCAGGGACACGUCGGAAGUUCUGUACAACCUCCGGUAUCUGCUUGUGAUCUCGGUGACUGCCCUGCUCAUUUUGGUCCUGCGUCACCGGUACCGUCCGCCGGAGAACAACGUCGAAGCGCACCGGGAAGAGUUCGUACUGCCCAACGUGGCCCCGCAGUCCAAAGUAGACUACAACGACUACCAGCAGAUACAGCAGGAUCUCGAGCGUACCGGACCUGGCGAGCAGGGCAAACCGGCCACGCUCAGCCCAACGGACAGUGACAGUGAACUGCGCCAGAAGCUCUACUUCCAGAACGGCUUCAACGCGCUGCUUAGCGAUAAGAUCAGCGUCAACCGCUCCGUGGCGGAUCUGCGGCACCCGAGAUGCCGUACGCUCCAGUACUCCCGAAGUCUACCGUCCGUCAGCGUCAUCGUGCCGUUCUACGAGGAACACUGGACCACCUUGUUGCGCACCGUUUACAGUGUGGUGAGACGAUCGCCGGCCAGAUUGCUGAAAGAAAUUAUCCUCGUCGAUGAUGGCAGCACGAAACCGUUCCUCAAGCGCCAGCUCGACGACUAUGUGGAGAAGCACCUCAAGUCGCUGGUGAAAGUAGUACGUCAUCCGGAGAGAGUCGGUCUGAUAACGGCCCGAUUGACCGGUGCAAAGCUGGCCACAGGAGACGUACUGUUGUUUCUGGACUCGCACAUCGAGGCAGGAAUCAAUUGGCUGCCACCGUUGCUCGAACCGAUAGCGCGCGAUCCACGCACCUGUGUGUGCCCCUUCAUCGACGUCAUCAUGGACGAUACGUUUGAGUUUGUCCCCCAAGACCAGGGCGCCCGUGGUGCGUUCGACUGGAACAUGCUCUACAAGCGGCUACCGUUGCGACCGGAAGAUCUCCUAGACCCAACGAAACCGUUCCCCAGUCCGGUGAUGGCCGGUGGUCUGUUUGCCAUCAGUGCCUGGUUCUUCUGGGAGCUCGGCGGCUACGAUGAGCAGCUGGAGAUCUGGGGCGCGGAGCAGUACGAGCUGAGCUUCAAGAUUUGGAUGUGCGGUGGGCAGCUGAUUGACGCUCCGUGUUCGCGGGUCGGCCACAUCUACCGCAGCUAUUCGCCCUUUCCGAACGCGAAAACGUACGACUUUGUGGCCAAAAACCACAAACGGGUGGCCGAAGUGUGGAUGGACGAGUACAAACAUUACGUGUACCGUCGGGAUCCGCAGCGGUUUGCCAUCGAUGCGGGGGAUUUGUCGAAAAUGAAGCAUCUGCGCCGCCGGUUGCACUGCAAACCGUUCCGCUGGUUCAUGGAAACGAUCGCACCGGAUCUUAUCGAGUGGUACCCGCUGAUCGAGCCAGAAAACUUCGCUUCCGGUGUCAUCCAGAGUCAGGCGAAUGGAAACCUGUGCGUCGAAGUGGAGAGCAUUUCGGUUGGCGGCAAACGCGCCCUGCUGGCACCGUGUGCCAGUGACAAAAUCGCACCCGAACGCCCGGGACAAAACUUCCAGUUCACCUGGCGGCGGGACAUCAAAUCGAUGCUCUUCUCGUCGGAGUGUUUGGACGUGACGGAACACUCGCCUGACGCGCAGCUGCAGCUGAUCGGCUGCCACAAUCAGCAGGGCAAUCAGCUGUUUCAAUACGACGUGGACACCAAACAGAUCUACGCGGGAAGGGAUAAAGCGUUCUGCCUAGAGGCUCAGCUAGCCCGCCGUCAGCUCACCGUCAACGUGUGCAAUGAAGCGCUCCAAACCCAGCACUGGCGCAUUGGUCAUAUGAACGUACAGCUUCUCAAGAACUGGCACAAACACGGUGCAAAGCUAGUCGAUUGA